UGCCCACCUGCUUGCCUGUUGAGUUCCUUCCACUAUACCGGUUCAAGACACCAUCACCGCGUUCAGUGUGAGACGUGUAUAAAAUAUAUAUAUCCACAUGUGUAUAGCGUGCUAUAUGUCAAUCUUCGUCCGUCCAUAGCAAUACAGUUGUCGCCAUACAGAACGUGCAAGUCAGCAGCAGCAGAAGCAGCAGUAACAGCAGCUAGGAGCAGCAGCACCACAAACAACAACAGCAACAGCAGCAACAGCAGCAGCAGCAGCUAGGAGCAGCAGCAGCAGCAGGAUGGCCGAGGCAGACAUGGUGUUCGUGAAUACGGAGUACGGCAAGGAUUACGUGCGACUGCUACACGUGCGCAGAGAAGGUCCGCUACAUCACACCCGCGAGAUAGAGGUGAACACUACGCUGACCUUGGCAUGCCAGAAGGACUACACGCACGCCGACAACAGUGACAUCAUUGCUACGGACACACAGAAGAACACAGUCUACAUCCUUGCCAAACAGAGAGGGAUACACAACAUUGAAACGUUUGCUCUCAUCUUAUCCAACCACUUUCUGGAUAAGUACCGUCACGUGACCAGAGUGCAUAUCCAUAUUAAGGAGGCCCCGUGGCGGAGAAUGGAAGUUAAAGGGCGCCCGCAUAACCAUGCCUUCAUCUCCACCAAUGACGGAACGCGGUUCUGUGACGUCGCUCACAAACGAUACGAGACACCUGUGGUGAGCGCGGGAAUCACAGACCUGAAGCUGAUGAAGACGACGCAGUCUGCGUUCACUAACUUCAUCAGGGACGAGUACUGCUCUCUACCGGAGAUGAACGACCGCGUAUUCUGCACCAUUGUGACCGCCAAGUGGCAGUACAGUCGCAGUGCUGGUUUCUGCUUUGACAGAGCCUGGGAGGUGGUAAAAUCCUCGAUACUAGAGGAAUUCGGAGGACCUUCUGAUACUGGAGUCUUCUCCCCCUCCGUACAACACACGCUAUACCUGACAAUAAAAACCGCGAUGGCCAAGGUUCAGGAGAUUGACCUCAUGGAGAUAGAACUACCAAAUGUUCACGCCUACAACGUGGAUUACACAAAGUUUCCUGCGCUCAACUUCAAGGGAUCAGUGAAUGAGGUAUUCAUGCCCGUUGAUAAACCAUCCGGCAACAUCAAAGCCACUUUGGCAAGAGCAAAAAAGGCCAAGCUGUAAUCCACCAUUUUUGUAAUCUUCGGAUGGCACUUGUACUUUGUCCAUAAAAUUGACAUCGAGGAAAUAUUAUAGAGACGCAAUACUUAAUUUCAGUGGUGGGUAUCAUGAUCAGUAGCUGGUAGUGCUUGCGUGAUGACUGUGAUAAUUAACUAUUGUUCAGGGGUGUGUACAUUGGGGGGGGUCCAGGGGGUCCAGACACCCCCCCCUGCUCUCGCAAAAAAACGCAUCUAAGGGGGUCUAAUUUCAAAAUUUUUGAUGCGUGCUCGCAAGUUUGGGUUACGGUUAGACCCCCCUCCCUGGUACAAAUCCUGUACAUGCCCCUGCUUGUUCACGUAUCUACAGUAAUAAUUAACACACCCGGAUGCAUGAGUUAACCACGUUCCCUGUGAUAUUGUUGCUAGGUCGAUUAUGCUAUACCUGUCUGCACAAGAAAUAUGAGAACAACUUACAUGCACAAAAAGUAUGACUUGCACACUUAUUUGCAUUGUGGUCCUUUCUACAUUACUGUUCAUAAUAAUAACACUACCAUUAGAACUUUGAACUAUGGAAAUAUCCAAUUUUUUAAUUUUUACAUAAUAUACAUACACUGAUUAUUAAACCGAAUGUUAAACAAAUUCAA